CCUUAAUAACCGCCUAUCAUUCAGUGUUCUUAUCUCGACAGUAAUGCAAUAUUUUACCUGACUCGACGCCGUUUCCAUUUGUCGACGUUUCUUUAGUUUGCAUCAAGUAUCAAGGCCGGGGGCUUCGAAGAAGCAAGUAUGGAGCAGCCUACCAGGGUUCCUGGCCCUGCACCCACAGAGGGCAAUCCUCCCACGCCACACAAUGCCACGGACGCUGUCCAGAAGCUUGUCGACAACUUGGCGAAGUCGACCAUACAUGACCAUGCUGAGGCAAAACGCGCAUAUGAUGCAUAUGCACUUAAAGCUUACAGAGGUGUCCUGAAGGAUCUCAGUUCUCUCGCGAGUGUGGAAGACAUGAAGAACCAGAAGGAUCUCGCGGUGAUGGUCAAGAAGUUCCAAGAAGAUAAGUGGCAGGACUUCUGCGGCAAGGCCUGCCGGAGCAGAAUGGAGCUGGAGUUGACCCCCGGGCAACGUAAGAGCCGAAAGGGCCUGCAAAAGCUCUACAGUAAGCACAAGAUACUGGAGUCCAGCCCUGAGAUGGGCAAGCUCAUGGGCGCCCGUAUCUGUAUUCUUAACAAUUGCCCUCUGGACAAGCCCCGUUCCGACAAGCCGUUUGUCAGACCCCUCGUAGUUAAAGUGGACGGCGUCGAGAAACUGUGCCCCUCUAUGCGCUAUGUCAUCGCGCUGCAGCAUGCCCUGGAGGGGUAUAUCGGUCUGGCUUGCGUGCGGCUGGACUGCUACCCCCACGCCCUGUCCGCCAAGGAUGAUGUGUCUCCGGGGCAGCAGGAAGAUGCAGACAGCGUGGCGGAGCAGGUCGUAAAGUCUGGCUUCUGCCUUGUCAUCGCCACUGGCGUUGGACAGGAUGGCAAGCCAAGGGUGCAUGCCACCUUCCGCAAGGCCAUGGAGAAGGUGUACGAGGACAACGGAGGCUUGAAGGAGUAUGGGCAGGAGCUUGGUUUCGAGGGGAACCACAUGGCCCUGAAGGGAGGCGAUACGGCUGCACUGCUGCUGGAACACCCUGGGGUCCUUUAUAAUGGCGAGCUUGGGGAUAGGGUGCACGCGCUCGCUUGUGCGGCCUCUUACGACUACGUGGUGAGGGCCCUCAACGCCAUCCGCCCGGGGCCACCUUCCAUCUUAGCCCUGUACGAGGAGACGUCCCGAGUAGCCAUAGAAGCGGAGGAGCCCCUCACCACGGACAACAUUGACAAGGUGAAGUUUACAGUGGAGGAGCAAACGACCCUGCGACCUCGCGAUGGGUGGACCACAACGGUGGCGGACAUCAGUGUGCGGCGGGAACCUAACUCGGCUAAAUCCAAGUACGUGAAGCUUCAGGACUGCAUCCUCGUCUGUGACCCGGCCAGUUAUCGUGGCCCGACCAGUGAUCGCGAUGGCUACAUCACCGUGGGUAUCCCGGACUGCGUGGCGAUGGCCAUCUCUGGCAUAUUUCCUGGGUUCACGAUGACCACCGGUGCUUGUCGGGCAGGCAUGCGCAAGGGCUGGUACUACACCACGCACAACAUGCGGGCUGAUAACGUCCUCAACGUUACCGGUAACUUCGAGCCCAACAGCUCUGGGGCGGACUCACUCCCCGUGCUUGACUUCCUGGCUAAGGCCGGGCAUCUGGGGGAGGCCAAAUGUAUCGUCAGGGGUGAGCUCCGGAUGAAGGAAACCGUGCGCAAGGACAGCGGGUGGUCUAGGGGCUGGCAAAUCGGGAUCACAGUCCAGAGCCUGAAGGUGGAGCCCGUCGAGUUGUCUGAGGAGCAGCGCCCUUUGCUGCCGCAAGCUGGGUACAUGUUCCGUGGUGCUUAACAGCAUAACAGUGGGGGCAGGGGGGCCAUACCGGUAUGGGUUGUACACCCGUAAGCUUUCUUGCUGCGUUAGUUCGGUUAUCCGUUUUACCUGCUAGGAUUUCUUGCAGGGUUGGCAACCCGUUGUGAAGCAGGGAGGCAAGGAAAUGGCUGAAGCUAGCUGAAGGGAUGUCAAUUAACAUUAUUGGACUGGUGGAUGAGCACGCGUGAUCUGAUGGUGAUGCUGUUAGGAUUAGAUGCUUUGACGGCUGGCAAGCUGUGGAUUGAUGUCACCCUAUGGGAAGGACUUGCUUACUCCGUGUGUGUAGGGCGAACCUUAGCUGUAGGUUGGGACCACGCUCAGUUGGGUUUGCAUACACGAAUGGUACCCCUGAGUGCACUUGUACCCGUUCUGUUUCCGUCAAAACCCAUGUACUGUUAUUGUGUGCGCAACAAGAAGUGUCCCGUGGUGUUGAGCUUGUACUGUGCCUGGGUGGCCCAUCCAGGGGCGGCUUUAGAACCUGAAGUUAAGCACGCACAUGCGUACGCCUGCAAUGAAUUGCCGAUUUGUACGGCUUCCGUGUAGGUAACUGUUAUCCUGUUCUUGGACUGCAGGCCGUGUCGUAUUUCAGCUACCUUGUGUUGGCUACUUCAUCCGUGUGGUAUGUGUCCCAGGAGCCACGUUUUCUUCAUCUGGGUGUUAUGAGUCAUGUUGCGACGACUAUGCACCUCGGCCCGUGGGGUUGCUGGAGGUUGAACCAUUAGAUGGUCUGUGUAGUUCAUGGGGUUCUUGUCCGGUGAAUGGCGGGGUAUUUUGCCCUUUUGUGCCCCUACUAACGUUUUCAUUUGUUCGCUGUCUGUAUUUGUUUCGGGAAGACAGGCAGGGGCUGGCCAGCGGUCCAGGUUUCCUUGUGGUUUGAGCUGUUGUGCGGUUCAUGUGAUACGCACCUUGUGCUUGCUGCUUGGAUAUCCUUGGUCCAUGGCCGGUGUCCAGCCGCUACUAGACCUCGUUUCUUGGCUGCUUGCGCGUGUGGUUGCGCUCUCCCAUUGUUUAUACGCCUCUGUCUAAGUUGCCUGGCUAUUUGCGCGUGUGGCCGGGUUCCCUCGCGGUAAGCAUCUUGCUAUCCUGGAGUUUACGGUCCAGCCUGUGUGCUGCAGGCAGGCAGGAGGUCAUGUCCCUG